AUACCAUUUAUUUUUGUAUUUUGUCUCAUCGAAAAGUUCUUAAUAUACCAAACAAAUUCCACAAUCAGCACGUGUUGGCUGUUGUUUCAAUUAGGAUGUCGCAAUAACGUGCAAAUUUUUUUUUAGAGUUGAGAGACAAUCCGCAUGAUUAGCCAGUGAUAGGUUUUCUCUCGUCUAGUCGAGAUGAGAAAGCACAGUUUGGUCAGUUUGACUAUGGUUAGAUGGGCUACAAGCGAAGCUGACAUACGUAUUUAUGACCCUGAUGAAGAUACAAGAGAUGAUGAUUCUUUAUACGGGUUCGAUUUUAUUGAGGCACAAGGCGAAGAUUUCGAAAGAGCGCUUGAAAGUACAGGUUUUGGAAAAUUCCAUUUCGCACUUUUGGCAGUAUGCGGCUUAAUUUAUAUGGACACAGCAAUUAGCAUAACAAUUAUGUCGUUCGUUUUGCCAUCGGCACAAUGUGAUUUUCAAAUGACAUCAAGCGAUAAAGGAUUAUUGACAGCGGCUCCGAUGUUAGGAAUGUUGCUAGGGUCUUAUUUUUGGGGUUGUUUAGCUGACACAAAAGGGCGUAAAAUCGUUUUAAUUUGGACGCUUUUGAUGGAUGGAAUUUGCGGGAUUUUAUCAGCUGUUUCUCAAUUAUACACUAUAUUUAUGAUUUUAAGAUUUUUAAGUGGAUUUGCAAUUGCGGGAGCUAUGGGAAUUUGUUUCCCAUAUUUGGGCGAAUUCCAACCCAGUAAAUACCGCGAGACGAUUUUAUGUUGGAUGGAAAUGUUUUGGACCAUCGGAGUAAUCGUUCUUCCAGGUUUAGCGUGGUUAUCAAUCCCUUUAGAGAUCGAUUUAGUAUCGGACGUGUUCAAAUUUAAAAGUUGGAAUUUAUUCGUUAUUAUCUGCUCAAUUCCAAGCAUCUUAUUAGGAGUGUGGUUAUUUUUUUUCCCAGAAAGUCCAAAAUUCUUGUUGGAUAUCGGCGAACCAGAUGCUGCUUUAGAUAUAUUAAAAAAUAUUUAUUCGAGUAAUUCAGGUGAUAGUGCAUCAAAUUAUCCAAUAAAAAGUUUACGAGAAAAAUCGCGUACGUUCAGCGUAAUUUCAAGUCAAUCCAACAAAUCGAUUCGCAGCUUAAGCCUUCGGAAACCAAAAGAAUUAAAAAUGUUAAUCGCCGAGAUUUGGGCUCAAACAAAAGCUUUGUGUAAAGCACCCCAUUUAAAAUAUACAAUCAUCACGUGUUUGAUUCAGUUUGGAUUGACGACGAGUUAUUACACUUUAAUGAUUUGGUUUCCCGAGCUUUUUUAUCGCUUCGAAGAAUUUGAAACUAUGCAUCCUGGAGAAUCUGCAUCAGUUUGCGACGUUUCUGCCAGCGUUACAAACGCAACAAGAAUGUUUAGAGAAACUGCAAAUCCCGCUGAUGAAUUUUGCGGCGAACCAAUCGAAGAUUCAGUUUAUUUGCACACUUUAAUUAUUGGUAUAGCGUGUAUUCCAACUAGUUUAUGGUUACCUUUGUGUGUGCAUAAACUUGGGGCGAAAUUCUUUUUGAUUUUUAGUUUAUUGGUUGCUGCUGGUGUAACGUUCGGUUUAUAUUUUGUAACUUCCUCAACAUCAAACUUGGUGUUGUCUUGUAUUUUCGAAGCUUUAACAAGUUUAGGAAUUAGUACGGUUUAUUGCGUGAUGGUGGACCUAUUUCCGACGAAUUUAAGAGUUAUGGCGGCUGCUUUGUCGUUAACUUUCGGUCGAUUAGGCGCUUUAUUAGGAAAUGUCUUGUUUGGAUAUUUAAUUGAUUUGGAAUGCGUCGUUCCAAUCGUAUUAUUCGGUUCUCUCCUAGUUGGAGCCGGAUUGUUAUGUUUCCUUUUACCCAACACAGGAAAAGGAGCUUUGGAUUAAAACAAAUUAAUAAUCAAUAUUAAUCUAAAUGAACGUUAACUGAAUGGAAUGUGAUAAGAAAUGUGAAUUAGUGAUUAUAAACUCUAGAGAAAAUAUUUAGAAAUGUGUGUAAAUGUAAAAUUGUUUAAUUAAUUUUAAAAGAGAGGAGUGUAAGACACUCAAUUAGAUGUAAUUAGUGCUAGAUAUAUACUUAUAUCAAGUACUAAACUGUACAGAUAAAAAUUAUUCGUGUUUAAACACCAACAUCACAUCGUUGAAUGUUAAUUAUUUAUUAUCUAUUCCCAAAUGAAGCAGUAUUUCACCGAAAAUUGUAACCCAACUUUUGUAUAUAAUCCUAAUAAAUACAAAUUGUAUCCUACUUUUAA